AUGUUCGCCGCAGACCUCCAGCCCCCAGAGAAGAAACCUCGGACCGAGGGUUCGGGCGACGCCGUGGAGGAGAAUCAGGCAGGAUACGGCGAGCUGGUGACGGCCAUGGCCAAGCUCCUGCUGGUGCACGAGGGAGAGAGGCGCGCGCCCGCUCGAGAUGCGAACUUCGUCCUGGAGAUCAAGGAGAAGUCCGAGUUCCAGGAGGUGCUCGAGACGGCGGUCGCCCACUACGACGCCACAGGGAAGAUCGAGCGCGCGAAGGAGGACUUCAAGGGGCAUCCAGACGGGAAGCGCCCAGACGCUUUCUUUCGGAGUAUUUUCUUUCGCCUGCACCAGCUCGUCGAGAAGAACCAGACCGUGGUCGACCAGAAGGUGUCCCAGAUGCAGCCGGAGAUCCAGCUGGGCGCGCAGCAGGCUUUGUCCAAGCUCAAGCUCUGCGGCGGGAAAGCGGCGACGGACGAGGGCAAGAAGCUCCGCGCCACGAGGUGCUUCAAGCUGGAGGCCGACGAGAACGGAGUCGUCAAGUGGAUCUUCGCUCUCGAGGGCGAGCCGUACGUGAAAGAUAUCUUUCUCGCGCUCCGGCGCACGGAGGUCCUAGAGGUGCUCGGGGUUCGCCUGACGUACGAUUUCGCCCCGCAGCACAAGCAGGCGAAGAAAAUCCAGGAGCUGGCCUUUGGCAAUGGUUCCGGGCGGCGCCGGCGGCCGAAGAAGAAGUAA